GAACUGUCUACCAUCAAACCAUGGCCGCCGACUUAGGGCAAAUUUGAAAAUAUAUCAUGCCCAAGGAGCUCUCGAUGGUUUUAUCUUUUCGGUUCUUCACUUCUGAAACGUCCAUCUUGGCAUGGUGAAGCUCCUAACUGUAAAUGGCUAUCGCAGGGUUGGGUUUCGCGUGCAGAAACCAUUUGCCUCUCCAUCGUCCUCUCUUUUGCUGCGUUGCCAAGGUUCGGCGAAGCUCGGCUGCAGCUGUCGAAACCCUCGUCGUACCAGAAGGUCUCCAUAAGGAUGAAGGUCACGGCCUUGUUUCUCCUCUUGGAAGAGUGAAUGGUGAUACUAAGGCAGCGGAAUGGAAAAAAUUGAGUUCUAAGGAUCUCGGAAUCACAACGUCCAUGAUUGCAAAGCCGAUUAGAGUUGUUCUAAAUGGACUGAGAAAAAAAGGAUAUGAGGUCUAUCUUGUUGGAGGUUGUGUGCGGGAUCUCAUUCUGAAGCGAACACCUAAAGAUUUUGAUGUUAUAACUUCAGCUGAACUUAAAGAGGUUAUGAGAAUAUUUUCUCAAUGUCAAAUAGUUGGAAAACGUUUUCCCAUCUGUCAUGUGCAUAUUAAUGAUAUUAUUGUGGAGGUGUCAAGUUUUAGCACAUCUGAAAGAAAGUCUUGGCGGAGCUUGGGGAAUUUUUCCAGAAGACCUCCUGGCUGCGAUGAGCAUGACUAUGUUCGCUGGAGGAAUUGUUUGCAAAGGGAUUUCACAAUUAACGGAAUGAUGUUUGAUCCAUAUGCAAAUCUAGUGUAUGAUUACAUGGGAGGCAUGGAAGACAUUAAAAAGGCUAAAGUUCGGACUGUAAUACCAGCUAGUACUUCUUUCCAGGAGGACUGUGCUCGAAUUCUACGUGCGGUCAGAAUUGCAGCUCGUCUAGGGUUCUGUUUUUCAAGGGAGACAGCUCAUUCUGUAAAGAAUUUAUCGUGCUUGGUGUUAAAACUUGACAAGGGAAGGCUUCUCAUGGAAAUGAAUUAUAUGAUGGCCUUUGGGUCUGCAGAAGCUUCUUUGAGGUUAUUAUGGAAAUUUGGGCUCCUAGAGAUACUUCUACCAAUUCAAGCAUCAUAUUUUGUUUCUCAAGGUUUUCGGAGACGUGAUAAGAGAACCAACAUGCUUCUGUCUUUGUUAUCUAACCUGGAUAGACUUCUGGCACCUGACAGACCAUGCCAUAGUAGCUUAUGGGUUGGUAUCUUAGCAUUCCAUAAAGCACUGAUGGACCAAACAAGGGAUCCUUUAGUGGUUGCAACCUUUGCCCUUGCUGUCCACAAUGGUGGAGACCUUUUAGAAGCUAUAAACAUAGCAAGGAGGAUCUCUCAACCCCAUGAUCUAAGGUUCAUUGAAAUAUUAGAAUGUCAGCAUCUGCUCACUGAUGAAGCAUUGAGGGGUGAAGUUAUGGAUCUUGCAAAAUCAAUAAAGGCAGCAUUGAGUAUGAUGACUGAUGAGUUGUUUGUCUCCCAAGCAAUGGCAAGGUAUCCUCAGGCACCGUACUCUGAUCUGGUAUUUAUCCCACUCACAUUGUAUUUAAGAGUAUCCAGGAUUUUUGAGUGUGUCAGAGGCGGUAAAGAGAAAGGGUUUGUACCAAAACGAGGGAGGAAGAUUGACUAUGAGUGUUUAGCCUCGGGAAGCAUGCAUGAAACCCGACAUGUGUUUGCAAGGGUUUCACCGUAUAGGAUCUACUGCACCUAUGUCCUCAAGAUUUAGAGGAUGAAUUCAAAACCAUCCUCACAAAAUAAAUGUAGCUAAAAAAUCUUCUGAAUAG